AUGCCUUCUCCAAGAUUCAGAAUUGGGGUUGACGUCGGCGGGACAAACACGGAUGGUGUGAUUCUUGACCCUACAAACUCUUCUGGCCAAGACCGAGGCAUCAUCGCCUGGAAAAAGUCAAGCACGACUCGGAACCCUAGCGAUGGCAUCAACAAUGUUAUCCGAGAGAUGUUUGAACAGUCCAGCGUCGACCCACAGAGCGUGGCCAGCGUAACCAUCGGCACGACGCAUUUUAUCAACGCAGUUGUGGAGAUGGACCAGUCACGACUUGCAAAAGUUGCCGUCCUACGACUGUGUGGUCCGUUCUCCAAGGACAUACCAAUCGGAAUAGAUUGGCCGCCUCGUCUUCGAGACAUCGUCUGUGGCCACCGAGGCCUUAUAGACGGUGGAUUGGAAAUUGACGGCAGCUUGAUUUCAGAAUUGGACGAGAAUGAGGUGCGGCGACAGGCCGAAGUCAUCAAGUCUAUGGGUAUCAAGAGCGUCGCAGUCGUCGGUAUCUUCAGCCCUAUCGAUAUUGUCUAUAGACAAGAAGAAAAGGCUGCCGAAAUAAUAAAAGGCAUAUAUCCCGAGUGUGACAUUGUCUGCUCCAAGUAUGUAGCCAACAUCGGCUUUCUUGAGCGGGAAAACGCCGCUAUCCUCAACGCCUCCAUCUUGCCCUUUGCCCGACGGACAAUCCACGCCUUUGAGCAGGCUGUCUCUCAGCUAAAGCUCACAUGCCCUAUAUUCGUUACGCAAAACGAUGGAACCAUUCUACCUGCUAGUGCAGCUGCUCGACUCCCCAUACGGACAUUUUCCAGCGGCCCGACAAACAGCAUGCGUGGUGCUGCAUUCCUAAUGCAGGACCAAAAGAUCGAUGAAGCCAUGAUGGUGGUGGACAUUGGCGGAACUACCACUGAUGUUGGCUUACUUCAGAAGAAUGGUUUUCCGAGGCAAGCUGCUGCCUUUAGCGAGAUUGCGGGCGUCCGUACCAACUACUCGUAUCCCGAUGUUAGAAGCAUCGGCCUCGGAGGCGGCUCUAUUGUUGGACGCGACAAGGAUGGCAAGAUCACAGUCGGACCUGAAAGCGUCGGGUACCAGAUCCAAAGCAAGGCCUUGGUGUUCAAAGGCGAUGUCCCAACCGCUACGGACUACACGGUCCUCGGCGACCAGGAUCUGACUAUCGGAGACCGUGCACUGGUUGAUAGUACUGAACUGAGGGACUCUUUGGCAGAAUUUAAAGACAAGGUCAAAUCUAUGCUCGAGACCAUUGUCGACACCAUGAAGACAUCUCCUGGAGAUAUCCCAGUUGUCCUCGUCGGAGGCGGCGCCAUCAUCGCGCCUGACGAAUUGACUGGGGCUAGCCGCGUCGUCAAGCCAAACUGGUCAGGGGUAGCUAACGCCAUAGGUGCAGCGACAGCCAGGGUAGGCGGAGUGGUAGACUCUGUUGAGAACACGGAGGGGAAGAGCGUGGCGGAAGUGACCGCGGCGGUCUCUCAACGCGCAGUUGAGGCCGCCGUUGCCAGCGGUGCGCUCCGUGAGACAGUUGCCAUUGCCGAAGUUGAGACCUUCCCACUACAGUAUAUUGCCAACAAAUUGAGGAUAAUUGUCAAGGCUGUCGGCGAUUACGAUUUCUCCAGGACGGGCUUCGCAUCUGAAACAGUGUCCAUAGAAAACGGAGGCGAAGACGGAUUCGCCGAUGACACAGAUGACAUCACUAGGAAGACGGCGGACAACCAUAUGGCGGAUGAUUCCCCUGACUCGUCCACAAUGGUGUUCACCAAGGAGUACAUCAACUCGUACAAGCCAACCGUCCUCAACCGAGAGUGGGUUCUUUCAGAGACGGACUUGCAGUUCAUCACCAUAGGCUGCUAUAUCCUUGGAACAGGUGGUGGCGGGAGCCCAUACCAGCACUACCUCCGUCUGCGCGAGAUGGUUCGAGGAGGGGCUAAGCUUCGCGUCAUAUCCCCGAGAGAUCUCAAGGACGAUGACAUUGUGGCCUGUGGUGGAGGAAAGGGGUCACCCCAGGUUUCGAUUGAGAAACCAUAUGGAGAUGAAAUGAUGGAGUCUCAACGAGAGCUUUAUGCGUUCCUCAACAAAAAGCCGGAUGCAGUCAUUCCUCUGGAGAUUGGCGGCGGAAACGGCUUGCAGGGUCUCAUCAUCGGUGCCUCCACAAAUCUUGAUAUCCCGGCCAUCGACGGUGACUGGAUGGGUCGGGCAUAUCCCGUUUCAUGGCAGACGACCCCCGUUGUCUUUGAGAAGAAGGCCAUGAUGGUACCGACCUGCAUAUCGGACGGAAAUGGGAGAAUCAUUUUCAUGACCAAGGCUCCCACUGAGCUCGAUAUCGAGCGUGCUCUGAGGGCCGCCCUAUCACAGAUGGGAUCGCACGUCGGCUGCGCGAAAGGACCCGUCUCCGGCAAGAACACCAAAGAGUGGGUUAUCGAAAACACAAUGUCGCUUUCAUGGCGUAUCGGCCGUGCGGUUGCCCUCUCGCGAUGCAACAAUACAGUUGACACAGUUGCCGAUUCCAUUAUUGCCGAGGUUGGCGGCGACAAGUCCGCAAAGCUUCUGUUCAAGGGCAAGAUUGUCGGCGUCGAGAGGGUGACAAGGAUGGGUCACGCCUAUGGAGAAGUCAUUAUCGAGUCGACGGCCGGUAAGGACUCCAAGGAGAAACUGAUCAUUCCGUUCAAAAAUGAAAACAUUUAUGCCAAGAAGAUUGGGUCUGAUGGUAAAGAAGAGAUCCUUGCCGUUGUGCCUGAUCUUGUCUGUGUCAUUGACGCCCAGAACGGCGAGGCACUAGGGACCCAAGAGUAUCGAUACGGCUUGCCUGUGAUUGUUCUUGGGAUCACUGCUUCCGAAAAAUGGACGUCGACUGAGAGAGGUAUCGAAAUUGGUGGACCCAAGGGAUUCGGGUUUAAUGACCUUGAAUAUAAGGCCCUAGGCACGUUCUCGAAGCCACGCAGUGUCAUCGAUGAGUUUUCUAGAUAG